AGUCUCUGUUUUCCUGAUUUCGCUUGCCGCACCAGUGCUUGCUCUCUUCUUCUUCUUCCUCCUCUUCUCUCUCUCCCCUCAGCACUUCACCAGCAAUGGCGAAAGAGAGAGAGAAGAAGCUUCUUCCUGGCUUACUGGGCAACUAUGCAGCAGAGCUCAAGCUUCUCCUCACGACUCUCCUCCUCCUCUGUUCUGUCGCAACUCUGCUUCAGUUCAUCCCUUCUCGUUUCACCAUCUCUGCUUCAGAUCUCCGCGUUUGUAUCUCACGCGUCUCCCAAGGUCCUGCUGCUGCUGCUGCUUCUUCUUCUUCUAAUUUAUCCUCUAUCUCGCAGAAAUCUGUAAGGUUGUCUUCACCGCCAUCUAUUCCCCUUCCGCCACCUCCCGAAGAGAAGGAGCGUGUUCUCCGAAAUGGAAUCAUCAAGAGGGUUUUCAAGCCCUACGGUUCUGCAGCUUACAAUUUCGUCACCAUGAGUGCUUACAGAGGAGGUCUCAACACUUUCGCCAUUGUGGGUUUAUCUUCCAAGCCUCUCCACGUCUAUGCCAAGCCCACCUACGAGUGUGAAUGGCUUCCUCUAGUUCGCAACGCCUCUGCUAAACCCAUAACCAACACCGCUUACAAGAUUCUCCCAGAUUGGGGCUACGGUCGUGUCUACACCGUCGUGGUCGUGAACUGUACCUUCUCGCAGCCCGUCAAUGUCGACAACUCCGGCGGUAAAUUGAUCCUCUACGCUUCCACAUCCGGCGGAGGUGACACGAAAUUCAAUAUUACCGACAGGAUGGAGGUUCUAACGGAGGCUCCUGGAAGCGUGGACGCUUCAAUUUUCACAUCUGAGCCUAUGUACGACUAUUUCUACUGUGGUUCCUCGCUGUACGGAGGCUUGAACCCACGGAGAGUGAGAGAAUGGAUCGCUUACCAUGUCAAGUUCUUCGGACCGAGAUCGCAUUUUGUGAUUCACGAUGCUGGCGGGAUUCACGAGCAAGCAUUGGAGGUAUUGAAGCCAUGGAUUGAACUGGGUUACGUGACGUUGCAGGAUAUAAGAGACCAAGAGAGAUUCGAUGGGUAUUAUCACAACCAAUUCAUGGUGGUGAACGAUUGUUUGUUUAGAUACAAGUUUAUGGCUAAGUGGAUGUUCUUCUUUGACGUUGAUGAGUACAUUUAUGUGCCGCCCAAGAGUACCAUCAAAAGCGUCCUCGCUUCGCUUUCUGAAUACUCACAAUUCACCAUUGAACAGAUGGCUAUGAGCGGUAAGCUCUGCCUCUCUGCUGAUUCCAGCAGAAUGUACAGGAAAUGGGGGAUUGAGAAGUUUGUGUACAGAGAUGCCAGGAAAGGAAUUAGGAGAGACAGGAAAUACGCAGUGCAACCUCGUAGGGUGUUUGCUACAGGAGUUCAUAUGUCAGAGAACGUACAAGGGAAGACGACUCACAACACAGAAGGGAAGAUCAUGUACUACCAUUAUCAUGGAACCAUCGCAGAGAAGAGAGAAUCUUGCAGGGUGCUUCUGAAUUCAACACAAGUCACCUUUGAGAAAACCCCUUAUGUGAUGGACACCACCAUGAGAGAUAUUGCUGGUUUCAUCAGGAAAUUUGAGACCAAGAUGAUUGGUUCCAGGUUACAGAAGCCUCUCCAAUGACAUAUCUUCUCUUUACAAGCUCAUUCUGAUCUCUUUCUUUCUUUCUUUCUUUCUUUUUUUAAUUGGAAUUUGUGUAUGAUAUCUUUGGUUUUUUCCCCUCCUAAUGCUCCUUUCGUAUAGAUUCAGAGGGGUACAUGUUCUUGUUUUAUUUUCAAUAAUUAUUCUUUUGGUUUCUUUUGUUUUAUGGCCUGUAAACAGAAUUACUCUUAUAUUAUAAUUUGAUCACGAAUGGGUUAAUAAA